CUCGCUCAAUUUCUCAGUUGUUCUGAUCUCGUUGCGGUAGUUCGUUAGUUCGUUCACCUUCUGUCCGUUUGUGUGUUGCAAGUUCCUCGUGUAAAACCUUCACCAUGUUUGAAGCCCGUCUGGUCCAAGGCAAUUUGCUCAAGAAGGUGCUCGAGUCCCUCAAGGACCUCCUCACGGAGGCGUCCUGGGAUUGCGCAGACACCGGCAUCCAACUCCAAGCCAUGGACAACUCUCACGUCUCAUUGGUGUCGGUGCAGUUGCGCGCCGAUGGAUUCGAUAAAUUCCGUUGCGAUCGCCAGUUGUCCAUGGGCAUGAACCUGACCUCGAUGUCCAAGAUCUUGCGUUGCGCAGCCAAUGACGACAUCAUCACUAUUAAGGCCCAAGAUCAGGCUGAUAAUGUCACCUUUGUCUUUGAGUCACCUAACCAGGAAAAGGUGGCUGACUAUGAAAUGAAACUGAUGAAUUUGGAUCAGGAGCAUUUAGGUAUUCCGGAGACGGAUUAUGCCGCCGUGAUCAAAUUGCCCGCGGCUGAGUUCCAGCGGAUUAUCAAGGAUUUGAGCCAAUUUGGCGAAUCCGUGGUGAUUUCUUGCACCAAAGAAGGGGUCAAGUUCUCUGCGGCGGGAGAUAUUGGGGUGGGGAAUAUCAAGUUGGCGCAAACGGCCAGUGUGGACAAGGAGGAGGAGGCCGUGACGAUUGAGAUGCAAGAGCCCGUGACGCUUACAUUCGCGUGUCGGUAUUUGAAUAUGUUCACCAAAGCCACGUGCCUGGCCCCGCAGGUCACGUUGAGUAUGAGCCCCGAGGUGCCUUUGGUGGUCGAGUACAAGAUUGGAGACAUGGGUCAUGUGAGAUAUUAUUUGGCGCCCAAGAUCGAGGAUGAAGACAACUAAUCAGAGGCUGUCGCCCAGUAUUAUCAUCUUUUCUCGUCCUUUACUGACACGUGACUACUCGGUCCUUGAACUGUACCAGCAUAUCUGUAGACAAUAAACCUGAUUUUUUUUUUUCUUCUCA